AUGGUCAUCCACUCACUGGAUGCCAAGUUAGUCUUGAACAUUUGCAUUCCAGCGAACGUAAGGACGGUCAGAGUGGACGCAAACAGAAACGAGGUAAACGAUGGAAGAGCUACGAUUCAAAAAUAACAUUUUAGCUCAAGAUCAUACCAAGAUUUAACAAAAACAUCACUAAUAUCCCUUACCCAUGAUAAAAGAAAACCAGUGAGAAAACCGGGCUCUAUGAACGGGAGGAGAGGAAAGAGGACAACUCAGCUGUUAGCCCCAGUACUUCGCAGGCAAAAGUUCCCACAUUCCCGGAUGAUCAAUAAAUGGCGGAUGAUUUGCGAGUGUUGGUCUUUUUAUGAUUUCAGUGGUUAUAUUGUACCAGUGUGAGGGUGUAGUUCAUGUGUAAGAUGUCAGAGCCGUUGCAGUUUAAACCAAGGAGAAUACCCAACCAGAAUUUAGUUUGGAGGCUGCGGCAGAGAGAAACUCACUUUCCAAAACCUGGUACUCAUUGGCACCGAGCAAGAGCGUUUACCCAGAACAUCUUUCCUAAUUACACCGUAGUUAAUGUAGAAACACCUCCUUGUUAUUUGCGGAAAUUCUCCCCAGAUGGUCGUUAUUUUGUGGCUUUUUCGCUGGACCAAAGCUCUGUUGAAGUGUACGAGUUUCAAGGUCCCAGCGCCGCCGAAACUUUGUUGGCCAGUGAACCCUCUGAUAAUGUGAUUAGAAGCAAAAUGUUCUCAAGUUUCUUCCGUCUCAGUUCUGUAGUAACUGUUGCCCAGAAUGGAGAACAUUUGAACAGAGAGUGUAGUUUAUUUACUGAUGAUAGUCGUUACGUUAUUGUUGGAUCGGCGUCGUAUGUUCCCGAGGAACCUCAUCCCUUCUUCUUUGAUAUUUACAGCAACAAUGAAUCUGUCUCACCUAACCCAAGAUCACCUCUGGAGGACUACACUAUCCACAUUGUUGAUAUGAAAACUGGAAUGCUGUCUGAUUCCAGAGUCUUUAAAUGUGACAAAAUAUUCUUGUCCCACAACCAGGGGCUAUACCUGUACAGGGAUCUGCUUGCAAUCCUGUCAGUACAGCAGCAGGCUAUACACAUUUUUCAGGUGACCUCUGAUGGAAGGUUCAUCGAUGUGCGCUCCAUUGGUCGAUUUUGUUAUGAGGAUGAUGAAUAUGUACUUACUAGUACUGGAUCAAAUGUUGAUGCUAAUGGCCAACCAAUGCGACCUUACAUGGAGACAUGUCUAAAUGGGCUUAAGCACCGUAUACUAGCACACUUGUGGAGGUGUGCAUACAAUGAAGGAACUGCUUUAGCUAUGGGUAGAUUUUACCAGCAUGUAGAGUUGUUUAGAUCUUUGCGUAUGUGGAAAAUGCAGCUCUUUGACAGCAAAAUUCUGCUGAUUAAGUAUGCAAGUGAGGAUGUUGUGACACUGAGAGUGCCUGAUCCAAACUCCCAGCCAUCAUUCUUCAUUGUAUAUGAUAUGGAGUCAACAAAGGUCUUGGCUGUAUUUGAAAACACAUCAGAGAAACUGCUAGAACUUUUCGAACAGUUCUGUGACUCAUUUAGAAAUGCAAUGUUGCAUUCUCCAGCACAGUUCACAUGUUCAGCUUCAAGUAACAUUUUUGCUCGGCAAAUUCAAAGGCGUUUUAAACAUACUAUUGUUAAUGCCAAAUAUGGGGGUUACACUGAAGCUGUUAAACGGCUUCUUGCACAGCUGCCAAUCAGUUCACAGUCUUACAGCAGCAGUCCAUACUUGGACUUGUCACUGUUCAAAUAUGACGACAAGUGGGUAUCUGUGAUGGAGAGGCCAAAGGCUUGUGGCGAUCAUCCAAUAAGGUAAAUUUUUGUUGAUUGCAGAGUAAGAUGAAUAUGAAAAAAAUUACGGUAGCUUGCCCUUCGGGCAAGCUGCUACUCUAGUUUACUAGCCCAGAGCUCUGAGGAGCUAGCCUAAAAGUUAAUUGAUUAUUGAAAAUAGUCAAAUUUAAUCAUUAUGCAAAAUAACACAGUAAUAUACUGAACACAGAAAAGCUAAUUUUGUUGAAUUUAGAGGAAUAUUGCUUCCUGAAUGUUUUUAAUAAUAAUAAUAUAAUGAUAAAAAAACGCUUCAUUUUUACACAGGAAAAAAUAACGGAUUCCCAUUUUUGGAUAUUUUUGGGUAUUUAAAUAAUACCCACAAAAAUCCCAAAUUUGGAAGAGUGAGACAAGUCCCAAUCAGGGAACUUGGUUGGGAAUUCCCUGGUUGGGACUUUGCCAAAUUUGGGAUUUUUAUGGGUAUUCUUUAACCCAUUCGCCCCUGAACCGCCCGUGCGGAUCCAGGUCCUUUCUACCCUUUGUGACGUCAUCAGUUUUAACGGUCAAGGACAACUUUCUUCGCUAACUUGUGUAGAGUGAAGAGAUCUUUCAAACCAUACCAGAAUGAGCACAAUUCAGUCAAGGACACCGGAGAAAGAAGCAAAAAACCACGUGACAUUGACCUGAAAAUCUCCAUGAAAAUCUUGUUCCAUUGCCCCUCUACCUUUCCUUUCACCUAAUCCUAAGAUCCUAAAAGCUUUCCUAAAAACUCUUCCCACCAAAAUCAAGCCUACUAAAUGCCCAGCAAGAGAAAAAAAAAAUGAGGCAAGAAAAGCGAAAAAAGAAGGGAGGAGAAAAAGCGAAAAUUUUGCUUUCUGCGCAUGCCCGAACUUCGUAAGCUGAAGUUUUGCAUCUGGAUCAGAAGGCCGCCAAGUGUACGACCUGUAAACAGGUUUGUGGUAAGUUUUAGCUCUUUAUAGCACGACAGUGACCAGAAAACCACUCGACUAGCUUCAAAACACGUUUUUCGGCAAAAUCUCCAGGAGUGAAUGGGUUAAAUACCCUAAAAUAUUCAAAAAUGGGAAUCUGAUAUUUUUUCCUGUGUUACUGACCAUGCUCUACUCAAAAUGCAGACUUGUCUUGACACUAAAAUAUGGGAGAGUUAAGUCCUUUUUCCUCCCUGGUUAAUUUCCCCCACCAGCCCUGGCACAAGUCACUGUGAAAAAUAAGAGUGGAUUCAUUUGCAUCAUAUGUGUAUAGCUGUUGCAUUCGCCCAAUGGAAUUUUUUAUUCUUUUUAAACUUAAAAUCAAUAAAAAAUUCCAGCAGGCAAAUGUGACAGCUAUACACACAUGUUGCAAAUGAAUCCACCCUAAAUGAAAUAUUACUUAGCUUUUGAAGAACAAUAUCGCAAAUAACUCAAUAGCAAAUGGAACAUUGUUACAGGGUAAUAUUUAAUUAGUCUCACUUGCGUAAGCAGCAAACUCGUAAUCUGUUGCUUUGCGCUACGAUUCUUCUCUUUUUUCGACCACUGUAGUGCUCACUUGUUCCAUAGUAAUCAACGCCCAGUAGAAUUCAUGGAGCGACCUGUUCUGGAAAAGCUCUACAAAACAUGUGUCGCUUCGGACACGCAACGAUUCUUAUUCACAGUUUCCACUUGAUCACAUUUUGAAGUCCACGGUCAAUCUUUACUGUGUAUUAAAUAGGGUUCUUUUUAAUUGGGUCAUUCACAUGUCAGUUCUUUGUAGUUUAAUGGGAAUUGUGGACAGGUGCAAUCACCAAAUAACAUAUUAUAAAAGGUUGAAAAGAUACUGAAAAAUACCCACACCACAAAACAAAAGCACAAAGUUUUGGGAACACGAAGAGACAUCCCACUAUUUUGGAAUACCAUAGUUCAAUUUUGUUACCUUUAUAACUUAUGGAUCAGUCUAUUCUCUUGUACUUACUUCUUAAAAACAAUGCUAAAUUUGUAUGUUUUUUUCCUUACAGGUUCUAUUCCAGAGAUUCAGGGCUUCUUAAGUUCAAAAUCCAUGCAGGAUUUCUGGGUCGCCCCAUCCCACCAACAGGGAAGAGACUUGUGGCUUUCACAUUUCAUCCACUCUACCCUUUUGCUAUCUCAGUGCAGAAAACCAAUGCAGAAUAUGUUGUCAACUUCCACAUUAGACAUCUCACAAGUGGAGUAGAACAUUCUUGA